AUGAUGGUUGUUUUAGUAAAAUAUGUCCUCGUGAUAUUGAUGACCUUGAUACUAAGAGUCCUAUACGACUCCAUUUGGUGUUACUUCCUCACACCAAGACGCAUCAAGAAACUGAUGGAACGUCAAGGCAUCACCGGCCCUAAUCCACGCCUCCUCACCGGAAACAUCGUUGACAUCUCCAAAAUGCUCUCUCACUCCAUCUCCCAUGAUUGCUCCUCCAUCCACCACGACAUUGUUCCCCGCCUUCUCCCUCACUACGUCUCUUGGUCCAAACAAUAUGGGAAGAGAUUCAUAGUGUGGAACGGGACGGAGCCGAGGCUGUGCCUGACCGAGACGGGGAUGAUUAAGGAGUUGCUGACGAAGCACAAUGCGGUAACCGGAAAGUCGUGGCUCCAGCAGCAAGGGGCUAAAGGGUUUAUUGGACGUGGUCUUCUCAUGGCCAACGGCGAGGCUUGGCAUCACCAGCGACACCUGGCGGCUCCGGCAUUCACACGUGAUAGACUCAAAGGAUACGCCAAGUAUAUGGUUGAGUGCACGAGGAUGAUGGCGGAGAAGCUGAGAAAGGAAGUUAAGGAAAGAGGAGGAGAUGAUAAAGAGGUGGAGAUCGGAGAGGAGAUGCGGCGGCUCACGGCGGAUAUAAUAUCGAGGACGGAGUUUGGAAGCAGUUACGACAAAGGAAAGGAGCUUUUCAAUCUACUCACUGUCCUUCAGAGACUCUGUGCUCAGGCCACUCGCCACCUCUGUUUUCCCGGUAGCCGGUUUCUACCAAGCAAAUAUAAUAGAGAGAUAAAGUCUCUGAAAACUGAAGUAGAACGUCUUUUGAUGGAGAUUAUAGAGAGCCGGAGAGACAGUGUAGAGAUCGGUCGGAGUAGCUCCUACGGAGACGACCUCUUAGGGCUUCUCUUGAACCAGAUGGAUCACAAGAAGAACAAUCUUAAUGUUCAAAUGAUAAUGGAUGAGUGCAAGACUUUCUUCUUCACCGGUCAUGAGACAACCUCUCUGCUCCUCACGUGGACCCUCAUGCUCCUCGCUCAUAAUCCGACGUGGCAGGACAAGGUCCGCCAUGAGGUCCGGCAUGUUUGUGGUCAAGAUGGUGUUCCCUCCGUUGAACAACUAUCAAGUCUUACCUCGUUAAACAAAGUGAUAAACGAAUCAUUAAGACUUUAUCCUCCUGCCACUCUUCUACCACGAAUGGCUUUUGAAGACAUAAAACUAGGCGACCUAACCAUCCCCAAAGGUUUGUCUAUAUGGAUCCCUGUCCUUGCAAUCCAUCAUAGCAAAGAAUUAUGGGGUGAUGAUGCGAAUGAAUUCAACCCGGAACGCUUUACGACUAGAAGUUUUGCGUCUACUCGCCAUUUCAUGCCUUUUGCGGCUGGUCCUAGGAACUGCAUUGGACAAUCUUUUGCGAUGAUGGAGGCAAAGAUUAUAUUAGCUAUGCUUGUUUCCAAAUUUAGUUUCACAAUAUCGGAGAAUUAUAGACAUGCUCCUAUAGUUGUGCUUACUAUAAAGCCUAAGUAUGGAGUUCAAUUAAUUUUGAAGCCACUGGAUUCGUGA